AUGACCUCGCAAGACCCAGCCUCCUCCUCCUCCUCCUCCUCCUCCUCCUCCUCCUCCUCAGUUCGCCCGGCCGAACCAGGCAGCUUCUUGGUAGGAGGCCACAGAACACAUCAUACCCUGCCCGAAGAUGACCCAACCAUUGGGUAUCAACUAAACCAUUUUAUGCUCCGCAUAAGAGACCCUGUGCGUUCCCUUCGUUUCUAUACCAACCUCAUGGGCAUGCAGUUGGUUUUUACGUUCAACGGGGGGCCAUUUACGGUAUACUACCUGGGAUAUCCCCAGACACCAGUCGAUCGCGCCGACCUACACGGCUGGUCUACAAAGCUCACUGCACCGGGUGUACUUCCAAAGACGCUCGGCUUUUUGGAGCUGAAGCAUAUCCACGGGACUGAGAAACCGGCAGAGGAAGGGGGAUAUGAAGUGUCUACGGGCAAUCAACCGCCGCAUUUGGGAUUCGGGCAUUUGGGAUUCACGGUUCCUGAUGUACAUCAGGCCGUGGAACGACUCCGAGCAGAAGGCGUGGAGGUGAUGAAAGAGCUCGGCGCGGCUGAGCGUGAGCAUAUCCCCUUGACGCCGUGGGAAGAGGAUCGAGCUGUUGGCACUGGACAGCUGCAUCCAAAUUACAGAAAGAACUUUUACCAUGUCGCUUUGGUGAAGGAUCCCGUGAGUUACCAUAGCGUUUUCCCUAUGCUCUCCUCUGUCACCACAUGA